AUGUUUAUCAGAGCAACGUUUCUGCUCUUCUUCGUGGUCUCACUCCCAAAACUUGUGCGCUGCUUGGAAAGUGAACUCUGCUUCCCAGUUAGAUUGGAACACCAUGACAGGAGGGAUUCUGACAACGACGUGCAUGUGCCCAGUGGCAAAUGUCUCCUAAAGAUACGAGCUUUCCAGCAGGAGUUAGUGAUCGCUUUGCAUCAGGACUCUGAUUUCAUUGCGCCUUCCAUUUCGAACCAAGACGCAGUCUGGCUCUCCAGCUCCGAUGUGACCACUGACCUGAGCCGGUGUUUCUACUCCGGGUAUGUGAACGAUGACCGCUACUCGUACGCUGCUCUGAGCCUCUGUCAGGGGUUACGCGGUGCAUUUGGCUUCCAGGGAUGGGAAUAUUUCAUCAGCCCGGUGCAAAACGAAAGCAUGAGCAUAGAAGGCGCUCACAUCAUCCGGCGCAGGGCCAGCAACAACCUGAAGCUCAAUUCCACAUCGAGGUGCGCGGUGGACAGCGACAUAAGUGUCCAGGAUGCGCAAUCGCUGGAGAAAUACAAGCGACUGUCAGAUCACAGCAAUGUGACCGAGACGAUGCUGAGGAGGAUGGGGAGAGCCAAGCGCUUCGCCUCCGUCCCCCGGUACGUGGAGACGCUCGUGGUGGCGGACGAGUCCAUGGCGCAGUUCCACGGAGAUGACCUCAAACACUACCUCCUGACACUGAUGUCAGUGGCAGCGAGGCUCUACAAGCACCCCAGUAUCCUCAACUCCAUCAGCAUCACAGUGGUGAAGAUCGUGGUUAUAACCGAGGAGGACAAAGGACCCAAGGUGUCCGGGAACGCAGCCAUGACGCUGCGUAACUUUUGCACUUGGCAAAAAAAGCUGAACAAAAACAGCGACAAGCAUCCAGACUACUGGGACACGGCGGUGCUAUUCACCAGACAGGACCUGUGUGGAGCUUCCACCUGUGACACACUCGGCAUGGCGGAUGUUGGCACCAUGUGCGACCCCAAGAGGAGCUGCUCUGUGAUCGAAGAGGACGGCCUGCCUUCUGCCUUCACCACUGCCCAUGAGCUUGGACACGUGUUUAACAUGCCACACGACAACGUGAAGGCCUGCGAGGACGUGUUUGGCAAACUGCAGGACAACCACAUGAUGUCUCCCACACUUAUUCAGAUCAACCGCACCAGCCCCUGGUCCCACUGCAGUGCUGCCAUCAUCACUGAAUUUCUGGACAGUGGGCACGGGGAAUGUUUGCUUGACCAGCCUCAGAAACCGCUGGCCCUCCCUGACUUGCUGCCUGGACUAUCCUACGUCCUGGACCGUCAGUGUGAGCUUGCAUUCGGAGAAGGCUCCAAGCCCUGUCCCUUCAUGCAACCACCGUGCGGUCGUCUGUGGUGCACUGGAAAGUCUAAUGGUCAAUUGGUGUGCAUGACUCGGCACUUCCCCUGGGCAGAUGGCACCCAAUGCGGGGAUGGAUUAGUGUGCGACCAAGGUGUCUGCUCUGACAAGAGGAUCCAAACUGUGAAGGUGGAUGGCCGCUGGGGGAAGUGGGGCACAUUUGGCUCCUGCUCGCGCACAUGUGGAGGCGGCGUCCAACUGUCUAAAAGGGAGUGUAACAACCCAGUUCCGUCAAACGGGGGUAAAUACUGCCAAGGGGUUCGGGUCAAAUACCGCUCCUGCAACCUGAACCACUGCCCUGACAUAGGUAAGACUUAUCGUGAAGAGCAGUGUGAGAACAGUGGCCGGAAUUUCAACAACAACCGCGUGGCUUCCUCUGUGGUGUGGGUACCAAAGUACUCGGGAGUAGCCACCGAUGACAGGUGCAAACUCAUCUGCAGGGCUAAUGGCACCGGUUACUUCUACGUUCUGGCACCAAAGGUUGUCGAUGGGACUCCAUGCUCGCCAGACUCCACUGGAGUGUGUGUACAGGGAAAGUGCAUCAAGGCUGGCUGUGAUGUGAAAAUUGGCUCCAACAAGAAGUUUGAUAAGUGUGGAAUCUGUGGAGGUGAUAACAAGGGAUGCAAGAAGGUGUCUGGACUCUUCACAAAGCCUGCGCACGGUUACAACUUUGUCGUAAUGUUGCCAGUGGGUGCGGCCAACAUAGACAUCCGUCAGCGAGGCUACAAGGGAAUCAUGAGUGAUGACAACUACUUAGCAGUGAAGAACAGCGAGGGGCAUUACCUUCUUAAUGGGAAUUACGUUGUAUCUGCUGGGGAGAGGGACAUCAUGGUCAGGAGCAGCCUGCUGCGCUACAGUGGCACAGCUGGCCUCUCCGAGACCCUGCAGGCUGUGAAGCCCUUGGGAGAAGCCCUGACUGUGGAGGUGCUGUGUGCAGGCCAGAUGACGCCUCCUCGAAUCCGUUACUCCUUCUACCUCGCACGUCAGACCAAGGAGGACAAGACUCAGAAGAAAGAGGGGCGUAUUAACUCCCCUAACAGUGUCCUGGCGGAGGAUAGUGUCAAUGAGAAGGGAGGAGACACUCUGAAGGAGGUUUACAGAAAGGAAGAUCCUAUUCUUGGGAAAUGGAUAUCGACAGGCUGGGAUGAAUGCUCAGUGACCUGCGGCAGUGGUAUCCAGAGGAGGAUGGUGCAGUGUCUGAAACCAGAUGGGAAGCCGGGAUGGGAUUGUGAUUCUUCACAAAGACCCGCAGCCACCAGGGUUUGUGGAGACCCGUGUCCUGAGUGGCAUAUUGGGCAGUGGUCACCUUGUUCCAGAACCUGUGGGAAGGGCUUCAAGAGACGACCAUUGCAAUGCAAAACUCAACCUGGGCAUCUGCUCCCAAGGAACCACUGCUCUGGCUUACGCAAACCACAGGAGCUGGACUUCUGUAAUCUAAGGCCUUGCUAG